AUGCUAAAAGUGGCAGACAAUGAGAAAGAGAGCAAGUAUGGCUACGUCUUUGCUGUGUCAGGACCUGUUGUUACAGCAGAGCGUAUGUCCGGAGCAGCUAUGUACGAGCUGGUGCGUGUGGGUCACAGUGAGCUGGUAGGAGAGAUCAUCAGACUGGAAGGAGAUAUGGCCACCAUUCAGGUCUACGAAGAGACAUCUGGUGUGAGUGUUGGUGACCCUGUCCUGAGGACGGGCACUCCGCUGUCCGUUGAACUCGGACCGGGGAUCCUGGACAACAUCUUUGACGGGAUCCAACGUCCUCUCCAGGACAUCAACGACCUGACCCAGAGUAUCUACAUUCCACGUGGUGUCAACGUCAAAGCGCUCAGUCGCACCAAGAAGUGGGAUUUCAAACCGUAUCCAGGAAUCAGGGUUGGCAGUCACAUCACGGGUGGUGAUUACUACGGGACGUGUCCGGAGAAUACCCUGAUUGAGCAUCGUCUCAUGCUACCGCCAAAGGCCAGGGGUACAGUCACAUGGAUUGCAGAGCCAGGUUUAUAUACUAUCACGGACGUUGUCUUGGAAACAGAGUUUGACGGACAAAAGACCAAACACACCAUGCUUCAGGUAUGGCCAGUACGUACCAUCAGACCUGUCUCGGAGAAGCUCCCAGCCAACUACCCCCUCCUCACUGGACAGAGGGUUCUGGAUGCUCUCUUCCCGUGUGUUCAAGGUGGAACGACUGCUAUCCCAGGAGCCUUUGGGUGCGGAAAGACCGUCAUCUCUCAAUCGCUGUCCAAGUAUUCGAACAGUGACGUCAUCGUCUACGUAGGAUGUGGUGAACGUGGCAACGAGAUGUCUGAAGUGUUAAGAGAUUUCCCAGAGCUGACAGUAGAAAUCGGUGGGAAGACAGAGUCCAUUAUGAAGAGAACUACCUUGGUGGCUAACACAUCCAACAUGCCUGUAGCUGCUAGGGAAGCGUCCAUCUACACAGGUGUGACAUUGUCGGAGUAUUUCCGUGAUCAGGGAUACAACGUCUCUAUGAUGGCCGACUCAACCUCCAGGUGGGCUGAAGCCCUCCGAGAGAUCUCUGGUCGUCUGGCUGAAAUGCCCGCUGACAGCGGUUACCCAGCCUAUCUAGGAGCCCGUCUAGCUUCUUUCUACGAAAGAGCUGGUAGAGUCAAAUGUCUAGGAAACCCCAGCAGAGAGGGCAGUGUCAGCAUCGUAGGGGCUGUGUCGCCCCCUGGUGGUGACUUCUCUGACCCGGUGACCUCCGCAACCCUUGGUAUCGUUCAGGUGUUCUGGGGAUUGGAUAAGAAGCUCGCUCAGCGCAAGCACUUCCCCUCCAUCAACUGGCUCAUCAGCUACUCCAAGUACAUGAGGGCGUUAGACGACUUCUAUGAUAAGAACUAUGCAGAGUUUGUGCCACUCAGGACCAAGGUGAGGGAGAUCUUGCAAGAAGAGGAAGAAUUGUCUGAAAUUGUGCAGCUGGUAGGAAAGGGCUCCCUCGCUGAGUCCGAUAAGAUCACCCUAGAGAUUGCUAAACUACUCAAGGAUGACUUCCUCCAGCAGAACGGAUACUCAUCGUAUGAUAGAUAUUGUCCAUUCUACAAGACAGUUGGGAUGUUGAGCAACAUUGUAUCCUUCUACGACAUGGCCAGACACGCUGUGGAGAGUACCUCCCAAAGCGAGAACAAGAUCACAUAUGCUCUGAUCAGAGAGAGCAUGGGAGACAUCAUGUACAAACUAUCCUCUAUGAAAUUCAAGGAUCCUGUGAAAGACGGUGAAGCCAAAAUCAAGCAAGACUUUGCCGACUUAUUAGAUGAGAUGCAGCAAGGCUUCAGGAACCUAGAAGACUAGCCAACAUAGCAAAUAUAUAGUCAUAGAUAUAAACCAAUCAUAUAACAAUCAUUGUCAAGUCCCAUGCAUAGCAUUUGAUGUCGGUGGUGGAAUGUCUCUAGUACACACAUAACCAUGUCCUUAUGUCUUUUUAUCUGUCAUAUAUUUUUGAUGAACCUUUGUUUCAUAUUGUGCAAUUGGGCCUUCCUGAAAACCAAGGCCAUUUUCAGAGAAACAGAAUCAAAAUGGAUUAUGAUUUAACAGUAUUUUGUAGCCGCAUGUUGUGUUUAUUCUAGAGUUAAUAUCGAGCAAGGCAGCAUUGUGUCACCUCUUUCAGAACAGCCAAAGAUAUGUCAAUUUCAAAUUCAUGUUUUGUAUCAUCUACAUUCUAAAUGACUGCUUAUCCCUGUUUAACACGUUGACUACUGAUUUUGUAAUUCCGCAAUGCUUGAUGUAAUGGUCUAGUUCCUGCGUGCACUUGCUCAAUUGAAAAUUAUAAUAUUUUGCAUGAAAAAAAAGUUUCAAGGGAAUAUCAAUACAAAUAUUUCUGCUUCAGACUUAACCUUUUUGCUUGGAUUCUCUGUAAACAUACCAACACAUUUCUCUCUUUCUACUGAAAUUUAUCAUGCAAACAUAUUCUUUAAGACCCUGUAGUACAUAUUUCUAUAGUUAACAUCAUAUUAUGUGAUAGAUUAUUUCUGUACUUGUGUUUUUCAAUUUGAAGUUGUGUUCAGACAUUCCAUAAUAAUGUUGAAUAAUUGAAAUCAGUACUGUAUAUUGUAAACCACAUUAUUGACAAAGUGUGACUAUUGGUCAGUAAACUCAGUAUAAUAUGAGCAUGCCCCAAGUACCCCUGGUAUGGGGUACAGUGAAUGUAGCAUAGAGGUUAAAUGAGAGGUCAUUAAAUGGAAAUCCAAUUCUUGAUAGCAAAUUAUUUUAGAGGGAAGGAGACAUUAGAGAAGAUUACUGGUGUAAGUUAUCUGGACAAAAAUUAGAAAGAUAUACCUUUUUAAAAGUUGCAAUCACUAUAGGUAGGGGCUCUUCAAAUUGGCAGAAACUGUAAUGUCACUGAUCAGGGAUUCCAGUUUUCAGGCAAUAGCCUGAAUUCAGGCCCUGGAGAGUAAUUUUCACACUAUAGUUUAGGCUUUUUUGUGUACAAAAUGGCUCAUUCUAGGUGA